AUAUUAGUGGUAGCAUAGCUGGCAUUUUCAUUUACCAGCUAAAAGGCAGAAAAGGAACAAUACUCGGAAUGGCACGAGAGCUUAAAAGUUGGUCGUUUUGGCGGGCAGUAUUGGCAGAGUUUGUUGGGAUGACGGUUUUUGUUUUUAUUGGCAUAGCCUCUGCCAUUGGAAACAAGCAUAACAGAUAUCCCGACCAGGAGAUUAAAGUAGCUUUAGCUUUUGGCCUGGCCAUUGCCACAUUGGCUCAGAGUUUGGGGCAUAUCAGUGGAGCCCACCUGAACCCAGCUAUUACUUUAGGACUUUUGGUCAGCUGUCAGAUCAGUUUCUUCAGGGCCUCCAUGUAUAUCGUUGCCCAGAUGUUGGGAGCUGUACUGGCAAGUGGCAUUAUGUUCAAAGUUAGUCCUGACCCUGAAUCAACACUGGGACUCAAUAUGCUGAGUAAUGGAGUGAAAGCCGGUCAGGGAUUUGCCAUUGAGCUUUUUGCAACCUUUCAGCUGGUCCUCUGUGUCCUGGCCACAACAGACAAACAUCGAACUGAUGUUACAGGCUCUGCACCCCUAGCCAUCGGACUGUCAGUUGGUUUAGGACACCUAGUUGCAAUCAGUUACACAGGGUGUGGCAUCAACCCCGCUCGAUCUUUUGGACCAGCUGUUAUUCUUGAAGCAUUUAAAAACCACUGGAUCUACUGGAUUGCGCCGAUGAGCGGAGGGGUGGCUGCUGCUCUUGUGUAUGACUUCUUGCUCUGCCCAAAAAAGGAAGCGCUUCGCAAGCGUAUGAAUGUUCUGAAAGGCACAGCUGAUCCGGACCCGUCUGCGACAGAAGCACUAAUCGAACCCCGAACCCCCAGAUCUGGUUCUGGUCAGUGGCCCAGGCCCUGAAAUGUCUUGUAAAUAUACCUGCUUGUUAUGUCCUUGGUUUUGGUGUGUAGAUACCUGAAAACUAUACCUACAUACAACACCAAAGCAUACAAUACCAUUUCUCUUGUCAUUAUCCUAACGACAGUUUUAUCAGCUUCUUUUCUGGCUAAAUUGACUACUUGCACAGCUACUUCUGUGUCCUACUUAUAAUAUCUCAGGAAUUUCAUGUAAUUCAGUGCACUUACAGAUUUUUUAUUUGGAAGGCAAAUUAUUUCUGCUUUAAGGGCUGACAGAUGACUGAAUAAAUUAAUCUUGUUUUCUGCA